AGAGGCCCUCACUUCCUGAGUUCACCUGCUGUACGCCGGUCUUUUCACAAUUUCAGGCAGCAAAGGACUAAAGAUGAAACCUCGCUCUAUACGCUGCAUGAAGUUUUUUCUGACGCUCUUCAAUGUGAUUUGCAUCGUCUUUGGUUUGAUUUUGAUGGCCAUUUGCGUCAUUAAUAUGCGCGACAAGAAGAAUCGUCCGGAUCAACAAUCGGCUUUGUCAAGAGGUGUGCUGUCAUUCCUCUUAACUCUUGGUUUCUGUUUGGCUGUAACUGGUGUUUUGGGCUGCGUCGGUGCUUUGAGAGAGCACGUUAAAGUUCUUUAUGUGCAUGCUUGCUUCUUCAUAUUCCUGGUAUCAGUCGAGCUGGUGGUAGGAGUCGGAGGAGCGGUCCUCAGCGCUUGGGUCGGCGGGAGCAACGAACUACGAAUGCAAUUUUACAAAAACGCUACCGUGGAAGACGAAGUAUCGAAACAUCACAAUUUCUGGGACAGCUUACAGUCCGAGAAUAAAUGUUGUGGCGUGGACGGUCCCCAAGAUUACGCCAUACUGCAUCGAGACAUUCCGGCCUCAUGCUGCGCCAGAGCCUAUCCUCUCCGCGAGGGUGGAGCCCGUCGUCAUUUGUACGCUACCUGUAUUUCCGAAAGGACAUACUACAAGGCAGGUUGCGAAGAGGCUCUCCGACAGAAGAAAACCAUGAAAGGGAACAUUUUUAUUAGUACAGGAAUCGUUUUCGCUUUAUUGGAGAUAUUCUGCAUUGUCUUGGCUUUGUGGAUGGCUAGAACUAUAAGAGUCGAACGUCGGAAGCUACAACAAAAUUUACAAGCACAUUUCGAAACAUAAAACUGGUCUUGUUCAGUCCAUACUACGUUGUCACAAUAUUCAAUUUUUUAUGAUUAAAGGGAGUUUUAGCUGUUAAUGGAAAAGUGCUUAGGCGUUUAUUCGCAUGCAUACUCACACGCUAUUGUUUUUAGGAAUACAUUUUUGUUGUUUGCCAAUGGUAUUGGUGUCAACUCUAUUCAUAGUGUAUUCUAUUUUGGUCUGCCAUACGGUAGUUUAAUGUUAUCUAGCUUCAAAGCCUCACUCACUAUCUUUGUGUGAUUCGUAGAAUAAGACACUUAUAUUAAAAUUCGAUUCCCUAUUAUCUUUUAAUUAAUAUUAUUGCAUUUAAGGUUUUUAGAAUUUAGAAGACUGUCAGAUUUGGAAUGUAAGGAAUUUUCACGUGUUCACAUGUCUUUCAAGGAAAUUUUAUUAAGCAUCAUUUUAUGAGGUUGUUAGAUUUCAUUCUUAUUACUAAGUAAGAUUAAUUUGAUAAAAUAUACCACGUUACCAACGAAGAGUUAGAACUUUAUUUUCACCAUUUAAGCCUACAAUGUAGAAAUGGUAAUUGCACAGCGUGACGUUUUGUUAUUUUUUGAUUUUGCUGUCAUCUUUUGACAACAAAAUUCCCUUCAUUGGGAAUAGUAGUAAUACUUUGGGUUUUGAUAAAUCAGGAUAUGAAUUGGUGAAAGCGUCACUCUUUCCCAUUUUUAUUUGAGUCACUCUUAUAAGAAGGUGAUUUAUCACCUUUUUACAAGAGUGACUCAAAUAAAAAUGGGAAUUGGAGAAAUGUCGACAAAUUCUUUAACAAUGAAAUGUUUGUAGUUGAGUUUAUCAGUUAAGUUCACAGAAUUCUAUUCACGACCACUCUUAUCGUAUGCGUACGAGUUCUUCAACUAGUUUCUUUGAUCAUUCGAUAAAAUUAAGAUUAGAUCUUGCAAUCAUUCCCAUUUUAAAAUUAGAAAAAAAAAAUAGUUAAGUUUGGCCGGUACGUAGAGAGAUGUAAAUGUUUUAUGUUGUAGUUUUUAUUGUUUUAUUUGUAUUUUUUUUAAUAUAUUCCGUUCAUCUAGAAAGUCUUAUAAAUCCUUCAUAAUUUUCGCCAUUUCACUGACACGAUUAUCGAAGUUUCAUAAAAUAUUUAAGAUUUUUUGGGGUAAUAAUUCGGCUAUGUCACUUUUUCAUCAGUUGAAAGUUCAAGCAAAUGAAGAUUACUUUUAGAUAGCGAUAAAAUAACUAAAUGUUACACAAAUACCACUAGCUAAUGACUGUGAUAUAAAAGUAGAGAUUUAUUUUGCUCUUAAAUUCAGCUGAAAUUGGGUCCAAUUAAUUUUAAGGUGUCAUUACAGGGCGAUACCAUACUUACAAUACGGUACAGUACAGUUGAGUGCAGUAGUGGUACCCUAUAUUGCAGUUAGAAAUAGUUUAAUGAAGCACUGGGUCCAAUUAAUUUUAAGGUGUCAUUACUGGGCGAUACCAUACUUACAAUACGGUACGGUACAGUUGAGUGCAGUAGUGGUAUUGCAGUUAAAAAUAGUUUAAUGAAGCACUGGGUCCAAUUAAUUUUAAGGUGUCCUUACUGGGUGAUACCAUACUUACAAUACGGUACAGUACAGUUGAGUGCAGUAGUGGUACCCUAUAUUGCAGUUAGAAAAAGUAUAAUGAAGCACAGAAUACUAUUUUUAUUCUAUUGCUAAUGUUCGCUUGUUUUACUUUAUAAUUGUUUUAUGAAAAUUAAGGCACUUUUUCGAAUGAGUCUGUUUUAAUGAAACUAAUUUUUUAAUAUUUCUAAUUAUAAAUAAGGUCUUCUGAUUUCUAUAGUUGUGUGUUAGUGCUAUUCAACAGCGUAUACUUUUUUGGAUAGUAGCGGAGGUAAAUUUCCAAGUGUAAAAGUAAGUUAGGAUCUAUUAUUAUACUUUAAAUUAUUAUGCCAGCGUUAAAUAAUUUGUUGAGAUACGCCCGAAGCGUGAGGUUGAAGUCUUAAUUGUGUAGUAAAAAGGACCGUAUCAAUUAUAAAAUUAGAAGCUAGUUUUCUCUGUAGCCGGCGUGAUUUUCUGCGGCUAGACUAAAAGUUGGUUUGCCUUAGCAGCACCGAUUGUACGAAUUAUUAUGCAGGUUAUUUAUUACACGAUGUCAUUUCUUCAUCGCUUAAGAAGCACAUUCACUCACAUAAUCUAAGUUAGAGACGCUAUAGUUGGAGCUCAUCGAUUGUAGUACCAUCAGUCCAGGGUGGAACGCAGUGUCAGAAUGAGCACCAUUAAGCCUUAAUUCUCAUUGAGCUUUAGCCGGCUUCUAAUGAAGAUUUUGAACAUAUUCAUUGAAGAUCUGAUUAGUGUUUCAUCAAUAUAUCUCUAUCUAUCUCUAUCUCUUUAAUUUGAACAUGUAGAAUUAAGUGAUAAUUAUAAAAUGCGCUGCUAUUAAAUUAAGCUUAGUGGUUUGAUUAAAAGUUCACGAUUAAUAGUUUUAACAGUCUUAAGUUAUAUAAGAUUUUGCUGUCAAAAAUGUAUGUAUUGAAUUGUAAUAAUACUCAUAAAUUGUUGACAAUAUUUUAUGUCCCAACCAUGCUGUCAAGCUUAAGCACGUGUAUGGUAUGAUUUAAAGAUUACUCAUAAUUUCUUUUAAAGGUUGCUAUGAAAA